GUGAAUGGAAACAUCUCCCCUUUUAUAGUACUAUGUUCUCCUUCUCCGGGGCAGGAGAUGCGGAUUCAGCCCUGGGUCCAAAUUCCGAAGUACAGAAGUUGGGAACGGGCGGGAAAUCGGCCGAAGCCACUCCAACGGAGCGAGAGCGACCCUUUCCUUUCUUUGUUCUCUGAGCCUCCCUCUCGAGGAACUCUAACUCGAAUCCCAGAUAAUUAUGCGCCAAUGGACAUACAAAUCGCACGCUGGAUUGCUGAAUUUAUGAUUCUACAACCAAUCGACGAUAGUGUGGUGAACGCUCUUCUUUAUGUCCUUCCCCUGUCGGACAAUGAUCUCCGUCUCAAGAAGGCAAUACUUUUAAGGAGAAUCUCUUCAGAAGUAUCCAAUGGUUCCGUUUCGGAGAGGGUUCUUGAAUCRCUAGAAAGGAUUGAAGAGUUAGAGUAUAUGGAAGGAAAUUCCAUUCUGGAAUCGAUGAAGGAAGCUUAUUGCGCGGUAGCAGUUGAUUGUACAGUGAGGUUAUUGCGAGAGGGUCCGGACAAGCGUGCUGAUUAUUUUGAUUCAGUCAAGAGGACAUGGAAGGUCAGGAUAGGCGAAAUGAUUUCAGGAAAAACUGGGUUGGUUUCGGAACAAUUUAAAGAGGCGUUGGCACAGAUCGAGGCGGCAAAAUGGAGUGCCACCGGUUGUCAAAAUGUCUUAAACAAGGAUACGCGAAAUGAUGCUCUUAGACUGCUAAAAAUUUUUCUAAACGAGGCAAGAGAAGCGAUGAUCCCCUCUUUUCUGGAAUUCGCAGCUGAAAAGAUGAACGAGAUGGGAUUGGAAACGAACGAUUUUAGUAGUGUCUCAAUACCUGAUCAAGUUGGAUUGGGACAGAGAGCAGCGAGUUCAACUCUCAUCCCCGAGGGAGAUAAGAAUUCUGAAAUGCCUAUAAACAUACCUGCGGAAGAUGGCAAGAAAGUGAUGCUUCAUUCAUCGUCUAUUGCAAGAAUGGGUGUGGAUACUGCAUGUAAUAAAUAUGAUUGCUUGCCGACACCUGAAGUUAGCAAAAUACAAGAAGCUCUCAAGUCGAGUACUUCAGAUCUACAAACAUUGGUGAAAGACCCUCUUCUUGAUGCUUUACACAUUGCAGAAACUGUACUGUCAAACACUGCAAGAGAAAACAUGAAUCACAAACCUUCGGAAGAAAAUCAAGAUAAGGUAGAUGCUGCUGUAUCAAGCCAUGACAAUGAGGGCAUCGUAGAGGUUCAAGCAAAGAACAGUAAUAUUGGAAACGAGAGUUCUAGUAAUCAGAAUAUGCCAAGGCCUAGUUUGAUGGAACGGAAUAGUACUGCCCACACUUAUGAGUGGGAUGAUGUUCAGGACCGACCUGAAGGAUCAUCAAGUCAUUCAGAGAAACUUCACUUACCUAGUCCAAAGAAAAGGGCUGUUUCUCCCUUAAAGAAGUAUGAAACGAUGAAAUUUGCUAGGAGGAGGAAGACUAAGAGGUGGAGUUCAUUGGAAGAAGAAACUUUGAGAGCUGCUGUAGAAAAGUAUGGAAGAGGGAAUUGGAAGUUCAUUUUAAAUAGCUAUCGUGAUGUAUUUGAAGAGAGGACUGAGGUUGAUUUGAAGGACAAGUGGCGAAAUAUGACACGCUAGUAAUCUUUUCUGCUCCUUUUUGGAUUUUUACAUAAGAGCUGGAGUUCAAAGUAGUGAUCUGAAAUUCAGAACCGAAACUCCGGUGACGGUGACAACAAGUUUUUUCGCUGCAAACCUGACCAGACCACAGCAAG